AUGUACCAGCCAAGCUCCUCGGACGCUGGUGGCAAAGACCCCGAGUAUCGCCAGCGCGAUUCCACCCCCAGCAUCAACACCACCGACGUCGGUCCACGCGACCAUGCAGCCCAGAUGCGACGAGUGCGCGGGCCCACGCCAGCACCAACGACGCAAGUGUCCGGGACUUGGGUGCCAACUUCGGACCCCAUCUCCGACGGCCAAGGGUACAUGCGCGACUCUGGCAAGACAGAGUCGGAAGUAAGCAGUGGUCGCGAAGACUCUGAGCCAGGCACGGCCAGUAUCGUCGCCACGGGAACAGGGAGAAGAGGCCGAGCAAGGGAAGAGUCGAGCGACAAGGAAAGAGGGUACGCUCAGUCAAAGCGCCGUCUUGACAGCUCGAGCCCCAGUCUGGCCAGUAGAGUGCCUUGGGGAAAAGAACCUCUUUUUCUGGGUGAUCGAUCUUUCGACAAAGACGACUCGGAGGAGGAAGAGUUGUCUCUGCGACCGGAUGGAGAGUCGAGCGACAGGCACACGGUCGACCGGUCCAGCACGCUCCCCGUCAGCACGCUCCCCAUCAGCACGGUCCCCGUCAGCACGCUCCCGGCCAGCACGCUCCCGGCCAGCACGCUCCCACUCCCCACCGACUACUCGCAGCAAGGACCUGAAGAUGUCGACAUGGCCGAAAUCAUUGAGAAAUGUUUCGGCUCUGGUCACAACAUCAUCUUUGGAGUUUCCAAAGCUCGAGGUGCUGCUGCUCGCUUCCAGGCUUGCAUGCAGGUGAUGGGUGUGGUGGACCCGCUGCGCAUGCUCAACACGGUGCGCAAUGUGGUCACCGGCAUUGUUGAUGAUGCCGAGACUCUUGCGCCUGAGGAUCGUCUCCGUGCAGUGCUAGGCACAGCGGUGGACCUUCCUCCCGAGCACGCUUAUAGGGCAGUAUACCUUCGGCUGCUCGGUGAGUACUCUUUAGAGCAGCACCUUGCCUUCUGCCAAGGUCACAGGGAGGAAACGGGCUACGAAAGUGCAAAGAGGCGAUUCCAAAUCGCCUUGCAAGACUUUCAUCAAUUUGGACCAUCAGCUCGUCGACUCCUUGGGUACUUUGGACAGACCAUGGGUGCUGCGAUGGACCGUGCUCAGGCAGACUACGACAGGGCAAAGGAUCCAGACCGCCCUGCCUCCUAUCUCGCCCACCUCUUGGCCCGGCUGAAGAUUGAGGACGUGCAAGUCUUGCCUCUGUGCUCUCUGCCAAAAUGGUGUGGUGCCAAGGAGCUCCACACCAUCGAGCACAUGUUCAUCAUGGCUUGCGGAGGCGUCAUGCGGCUGGCCAACACCUCGCCCGGCUCAGCUGCACCCAAUGUCGAGCCUGCUCGACGGCCAGACUUUAUGCAGAUUGACCCCUCGUUGCUGGAAGAGCUCAAGCUGGCCUCUUGGCCAAUGACGUCCGGCCUCGAGGUGGAUCAGAUGGGCGAAGGUGGCCUCUUAUUUACGAUUACGAGAACGCGACGAACCCUUGACGACGAGUUACGAAUGCGCAACGAUGCCGAGCUCUGGCUCUCAACCCUUGGUGCGGCGGGCAGAAACUUGGAGCUGGACUUCAAGUCGAUGCAAUUGGCCAACAUUGACGACCUUCGCCAAUGGCUUCGACCAAAGAGCGUGCCACAUCGCACCGCGCUCUUCAUCCCUAGCGGUGAAGAUUACGAUUCUUUUCACGACAAGGCUCUGCGUGCCGGGUGCACGUUCUCCAUCCACCCCGCGUUCCAGCACCUCGGUCGACGCAUCUGUGCUGCCUCUCCCGUUGAUGACAUGACGCACCCCUUUAACGCCGUCCCUGACAUUGUCACGAUUUCUGGCCUCCUCGACUGGCCGGUUCCAGUCAUCACCGCUCUUUCUCUGUCUGUCCCGAUCGGGCAUGUUGCAACGCGACAGGAACAUCAGGAAGUCAUUGCCAGGAUGUUUGCUGUCGCCGCGCACAUGAUCCUCUCCACCACUCCUUUGGAUCUCGACAACCCUCGCCUCGCACUGACGUCACGACUCCACGCUGUCCUUGAUGGACCAGACGCUACGACUAUCAACGGCAGGUCAUAUUUAUUCUACAAAGACGAGAAUAUGCUAUUUAAUGCCAGCCAAGAUGUUGCCGUCACGUAUCAACCCCCGUCCGAGGAAGCUCCCUCGCUCCUCUUAAAGGGUCGUGGCGGCCAACACUUUUCCUUUCCCUUAAAGAGCGAGCUUGCUGGCGAGCUCAUCACUGGCCAUGUACAAUUUCAAGUCUGCAUUCGACCGCGAGGCGUAUUUAUGCCUGGCACGGCACAAGUCCACGAGCUGGACUCUCUCUUCAUCGUCGCAUUCCGCGAAACCGAUCCCCGCCUUGGCAAUCCAAAUGCUGCGCAGGAAAUUGGAUCCAUCGCCUUUAUCAACCUGCCGCAGGACGGUCUGGCCAACCCCCUAUUUAUGAUGUGGAAGCGAGGCAGCCUGGACAACAAUGCGGGACUGGCGCUUGCUCACUGGAGCGCCCUCGCAGAGCGCCUAUGGACUUUGUCGGACAACGUCGCCCAACUCUUUCCUGGUGUUCUGCGCGUCUACCCGGGGUCACACACCGCGCAAGGGAUCAAGGGAUUUGGUGCGUCGCUCUGCUGCCCACAAGUGUCGCAUGCCGUCAUGACCUUGGCAGAGCGCGCAAAGAUUGUCAAUACGCGCAUGCCAGAGCAGGUCUCUCGUUAUAACCCCUCUGCGCAUGUGCCAAAGAUCUUUCAACCAUCCUGGCGGCUGCCUGCGGCGCUUGCGAGUCGACUUGGACGAGAGUAUCAUCACCUUCAGCAGAAUACCGACGUCCCUAUCCACAUUCUCUUGCGGGCUGAUGGUAUGCUCUCCGUCGUUGGCCAGCUUGCGAGCGGCAAGGCAUGCCUGCCAAAGCAACCCUUUGCGCCCGUCAAGACCUCGGUAGACACCCGCAGGCUGAUCGAUGCCGAGUACGAGGAGCUGUUUUGCUUUUCAAUCUUUCACAUCGUCAGCAUUGUCCUGCUGGAUGCUGCUGCGACGGGCAAUGAGCAAAUCUUUUUGCUCUACGCUCAGUUGCAGUUGUACGUCAGCAAGGCCGAAGAUGCCUUCAUCGAGCAAGUAUGGAACGUUGCGCACGGUCUGGCCAGAGAUGGAGAGACGGCGGCCUACUGGUUCAUUCAACGGCAAGAUUCUACCACGCGUCUCUCCCACGACCGUCACGCACGCGCCAUUGCUCGUGGACUGGCAUUGACAAGGGAGGAGCGCACCUUGUUUCAACGCUCACAGGCUCACCAGGCGCGCAUGGAGGCCCAAGAGACUGCUCGUGCUGCAGCAGAGAUUGAGCGUCUCACCUCUCAACUCGAGAGCAGCUCGAGUCAAGCAGCAGUGCCGCCGCCGCCGGUCCAAACGAGCGCCAUCUCUGCUGCGUACGAAGAGACUCUGCGGGAAGGUGUGCGCUUGUCGAUGAGCCUGUCGCUGGAGGCAAAGGAAGAGCAGCUGGCCAUGCUGCUGUUUCAGCCAAAGACCGCCUUGGAGCAUGCGACCAUGUCCAGGCGGCUGGUGGUGGUAAGGGACGGCUGGCGUCAGCAUGCUGACGUGAUUCCUGACCAAGUCUUGCGUGGCCCUCUUCUUUUGAGAGAGGCGUACAUGGAGACGGUGAGCGCUCUCAACUCUCAGCAAGUGCAGCUCAAUCUCCUGCUGCUGAGGUCGAUGGGAGCACCACCUACCACCAUCACCAGCGUCGAGCGUGUGCCAGGAACUGUCGCGCGGAGGGAGGUCACCUUUGAGAGGGGCGCCAAAGUCAUCAACGCUCACCUCGAAGCGCAACCUCGACGUCGCUAG